UUAUCAAUCAACGCCUCUCUUUUUGGUCCCUCUCCCUCCUCCUUCCUUUCUCCACUAGUACCGUGAUACAUCUCUCGCCGUCUUCCCUUAUCCACCUUCCAUACCCUAGGCCUACCCAACACCCUCAAUGGCCACCAGAGGGACCAGAUCAGAGAAGGUCAAGAGAAUUUUCCAACAAUUCGAUGCAACGGACGGUGGCCUCAACAGAGACGAGAUGGCGGCACUCGUUGUCGCUGUCAACCCUAGGGUCAAAUUCAGCGACGAGCAGAUCAAUGCGAUCCUCGACGAAGUCUUCCGUACAUACGGCGAGUUCAUAGAUGGCGAGAAGGGCUUGACCUAUGACGGUCUUCUGCGUACAUACGACGACGGUGCCGGGGACGUGGACAGAGAUUUUGACGCGCUUGGUCUUGAGCUCACCUUCGAAGAAAAUAAAGGGACUUCCGUUGCAUCUGAGCCGUCGUCGUCUUCUAUUGUCGACGAGAAGACAAUCGAGUCACAGAAGAAGCAGAGGACCGCGGCGUGGGCGGUGUCGCCUAAUCACGGCAUCGUUUUUGAUGAGACGUGGAAGAUUGUUGAUGAUUUGGAGAUUCUGGUGAAGAGAUUGAAAGCGAAGCAGGCUAAGGAUGGGAAAUUGAAAGGGGAUAAUUUUGAUGCCUAUUCGGAUGCCGGUUGGUCGAGAGAGUUGGGGCCAUCGACAGAAAUCUCUGACAAAAGGAUAUUCUGGGAAGAGUCCGGCCAUGAUUACGCGAUCUUCGUGAAGGAGUUGGCUGUUUUGAGGAGCAGGGCCGACGGGGCAAGAUCCAGAGAGGAGGCGUUUGAUGGGCAUAUGGCGAUUGGUAGAGUUCUGUACGAACACCAGUUGUUUAAAGAGGCUUUGGUUAGUUUUAAGAGAGCUUGCGAGUUGCAGCCGAUGGAUGUGAGGCCCCAUUUCAGAGCUGGGAACUGCUUGUAUGUUGUCGGUAAGUUCAAGGAGGCUAAGGAGGAGUUCUUGUUAGCGUUGGAGGCGGCUGAGUCGGGUGGAAAUCAAUGGGCUUACUUGCUUCCUCAGAUUUAUGUGAACCUUGGAAUUGCGCUUGAAGGCGAAGGUAUGGUCUUAAGUGCUUGUGAGUAUUAUAGGGAAGCUGCAAUUCUUUGUCCUACUCAUUUUAGAGCUUUGAAACUAUUGGGAAGUGCUCUCUUUGGGGUAGGGGAAUAUAGAGCCGCCGUCAAAGCUUUAGAAGAAGCUAUUUUUAUGAAACCAGAUUAUGCCGAUGCGCAUUGUGACUUGGCAUCGGCUUUGCAUGCCAUGGGUGAGGAUGAGAGAGCAAUUGAAGUUUUCCAGAAAGCUAUUGACUUGAAACCCGGUCAUGUUGAUGCAUUGUAUAAUUUGGGUGGGCUUUAUAUGGACUUAGGUAGGUUUCAGAGAGCUUCUGAGAUGUAUACUCGGGUUUUGGCAGUAUGGCCUAACCAUUGGCGAGCACAGCUGAACAAGGCUGUGUCCUUGUUGGGUGCUGGGGAAACCGAAGAGGCUAGAAAGGCUUUGAAGGAAGCACUGAAGAUGACAAAUAGAGUAGAAUUGCAUGAUGCAAUAUCUCACCUGAAACACUCUCAGAAGAAAAAGGCAAAGACUAACGGGAAUGGCAAUAGAGAGGGGGGGGCUUUUCUCGUUGUUGAGCCCUCCAAGUUUAAGACCGUCGGUGAGAGAACUACAGUAAGACAGGACUUGGCCAAUGCACUUCAAAUUAGGGCUUUUCAGAGAAUUACCAGAGUGGGUCGAUGUGAUGUGGAGCUCCUGAAGAAGGAAAUGAGAGAAAAUGAUGUUCCAGUUUCCUAUUCUGGUGGCGGUGAACCUCAGAAAUCUAUACGCAAGCCUAACUUAGAGGAAAUUCUCCGCAGGCUGCUUAAUUCCCUGAAGCCUGAAACUUUCCAGGGAGCUGUCAAAGCCAUAAAUGAGAAAGUUCUCUCUGUGUUGGAUGAAACAGGUUCAGGUAGGGUGGAUUUAGGCAUGUUUUAUGCUGUCCUUGCCCCAAUUUGCAGUGGCCAUCCAGACAAGAGAAAGCAGGUAGCCUUUGAUGCGCUUUUGUGGCGUCCAGUGAAUGAAGAUGGUUCUCAGAUUAAAAAGGUCGAUGCUGUUAAGUAUAUCAAAUUCUUAAGAACCAUUUAUAUUCCUACUCAUGGAGCUAGUGAAAUGAUGGAAAUUCAUGGAGACGUGGAUACAUCAAUGGUGUCCUUCAAUGACUUUCUAGUCAUGUUUGAUGAUCCUGAUUGGGGUUUUGGUAUCAUGUCCACUCUACUGAAACUGGAAACAGGAGAUCGUAACCGCCAUGGACGCCAUGCCUGCUCCGUUUGCCGUUACCCAAUAAUUGGGUCUCGUUUCAAGGAGAUGAAGUGUCGUUUCAGUCUGUGUAAUCAAUGCUACAGCGAAGGGAAAGUGCCUCCUCCAUUCAUGCAGGAGGAGUACAAAUUCAAAGAGUAUGGGAGUGAAGGAGAAGCAAUGAAAGAUAAAUGCACGUGCUUGACACUGCAACCCCAUAAUGGAGCGUAGCUAGUUCAUAUAGAUUUUUGCUUUCUUUCUUUUCUUGGGUGGUUCUGUGUAUUAUGACAGCAGCAGGUUGUUUUAGUUGAUGAGUGUGAUAUAGAAGAUGCAGAUGUUAAGUGGGUAUUCUUCCCUUGUAUAAUAAACGGAGGAGUUUUUCUUUCUUUCUUUCUUUCUUUGUGUUUAUUUUUUCUUUUGUAAUUUUCAAUUUCCCACAAUGGUUAUUGUAGAAAAAGAAAUUCAUUCCUAAUUUGGUAAUACCAGAGGGUGUAUAUUAACUGUA